AUGAAUAUAGCCAGUCGACGCCAACGAGAGUAUCAAAGAAAAUAUAAUUCGUACAGAAAAUAUACAGCAACAGAAGAUGUGAAUUAUGCUGCGCACACAUCCAGAUCAGCAUAUCGCUCCGAAUCUAUCACAUCAAAAAGUGGUGAACGUGGAAGAAGUUCAUCCUCUGAAAUUAUAACUGUUCGAUCUGCUUCUGAAACUCGAUCAUUGCCUGUUUACAUUGCAACUCAAGACUACAUCCCUGAACCUGAUGAAAAAGAAUCAGUAACUUUAGAACAGGGACAAAUUGUUGAAGUACUGGAUAAGAAGAAUGCUGCUGCUUGGCUUAUCAGAACAAAGGCUCGUCCACCAAAAUCAGGUUGGGUACCAGGCUCAUAUUUUGAAUCUCCAACAGAAUAUUAUAAGCAAAGAAAACAAACUCGGGAACUGAUCAGCCAUGAUUCGAACUUGACUGAAGAGCAAGAAGCAUGCAUGAAAAGAGAUCAAGUAUAUCACGACUUACUUCGUUCUGAAGAAGAGUUCGUCAACGAAUUGCGCACUAUCGUUGACAUUUACGUCAGAGCACUUGAUAAUAGCGAAAUUCCAGAAGAAGUAGAAGCACAAAAAGAUAGCUUAGCAAUGAAUCUGAAGCAAAUUUUCAAUUUUCAUGCCAACGUAAUGUUGAAAGGACUACAAUAUUACUCUGAUGACCCUGAAAAAGUUGGUCAAACGUUCACACGUUUAGAACGCGAUUUCGAUUUACAUGUGCAGUUUAAUUCGAACUUACCGUAUGUACGUGAAUUGCUCAAUCAAAAAGUUAUCAGCAGUUUCUUCCAGGUAUGUUAA